UAAACUUCGGUAUCUCGACAUCGGAUAUGUCGACAACCUGGGAUAUGUCGACGUAUGUCCGCGGUCCCGGCCGUAUUUCCUAUAUAAAUGAUUAAAAAAAACUCUGAUAUGUCGACUUCGGUAAUCUCGACAACCCCGCUUAUCUCGACGUAUAUUUCAAGUCCCAGUAGCAAAAUUUACCUGGUUUAUGUCGAUGUCAGGGCAAUUUUCCGCUUCAGUGAACAUAACAGUGCCCAGAAUGGUCGCUCGUCGCGCACGGAUAACCCCGUGAAUCUUGACGCUGUCAGAUUUUCACACCUUCUACAUGUAAGCCAUUUAUUUUUUAAUUAGACUCUUGUCCAUGUUUAUUCAAAAUCAAUUAAUCCCAAGCGUAUUCAGACAUCGAUGACACGAUAAUUGACCCUAACAGCUUGGGUACUUAAUGAAAAUGCAUACAUGAUUAUAUUAAUGUAAACACACAAACCUUAUCAUAAACCAUAAUGCACAUAAUGAUGCACGCUAAGAAAUUUACAAGGUGAUUUAGAUAACAUCAAAGUGAAAAUAGAUUCAAGAAAUUAAACAAUUAAAAUUUUGACUUUACUUAUAAAAAGGAAAUCAUGGUUUAGGCCAUCAGUAUGCACCAUGUCUCAACACAAGCCAGAUAAGCAAUCCAAUGAAGGACCCGGUCUGAAACCCGGGGGGAUAGUUGGAUUAUCUGGUGGUGUUAAACGAAAACUUAAAGUCCAUUCUAUUGAAACAAAGUUUCAAGCUAUAACUGAAGUCGAAAGAAGUCAGCUGUCAAAAGCCGAGAUUGCCAAGAAGUACGAAGUCCCCCACAACACCCUGUCUACGUGGCUAAAAAAUGCCGAAAAAAUUAAACUGGCCUAUGAAGAAAGCAGUUUUGGACCUCAGCGCAAGAAAAUGCGAAAAGCAACGUAUGAAAAUACGGAACAGGCAGUCCUACAAUGGUUUAAGGCCGCCAGAGAUAAGAACAUUCCCGUAUCCGGUCCCCUUCUAAUGGCAAAGUCUGAGGAAUUUGCUACCCAGCUCGGCGACACAGAGUUUAAAUACUCCAUGGGUUGGCUGGAUAGAUUCAAAGAACGUCAUGCUAUAACGUUCAAACGUGUGUGUGGGGAGUCAAACUCCGUAAAUGAAAAGAGUACCGCUAUGACAGAGUGGUCUUCAAAUUUGAAAACCCUUCUUGACAAAUACAAUCCCUCUGACAUAUACAAUGCUGACGAAACAGGCUUGUUCUUUCGUCUACUACCUGAUAAAACUUUAGAGUUUAAAGGUGUAGACUGCCACGGGGGCAAAAGCAGCAAAGAUCGGCUAACUAUGACAGAAAACACAAGUGACCUACUUCCCGCACUGCAGAAAAUUCAGCAGCGUAUUACCGCCGAAGAAUUGAAAUCAGCCGAUCGUCGCCAGAGCUGCAUAACAAACUUUUUCCAGGACUGUGUUGCUGAACGUGAUAUUCAUUGAGAAAGUGAUAUUCUAAAAGACUUUGUGAUAUUGUGCUGACUAGUGCAUUGAUUCUGUGUUUUAAACUUGUGAUUUGUUCUAAAAGACUUUGAUAUAGUGCUGACUAGUGCAUUGAUUCUGUUUUUAAACAUAAAUUAAAGUUUUUCUUAUGUUUUUAAUGUGUAAACGUAACAUUUUAAAUGUUGA